CCAGUGUUUCCAAUGGAGAACAAUUCAGAGGUGACUGAGUUCAUUCUUGUGGGAUUAACCAAUAAUCCCACACUGCAGAUUCUGUUCUUCCUACUUUUUUUCCUCAUCUACCUCAUCGCUCUGGUUGGAAACCUAGGGAUGAUCCUGCUGAUCCUGCUGGACGCUCGUCUCCACACUCCCAUGUACUUUUUCCUCAGCAACCUCUCUCUGGCUGACUUUGGUUACUCCUCAGCUGUCACUCCCAAGGUCAUGGCAGGGCUUCUCACAGGAGACAACGUCAUCUCCUAUAAUCAUUGUGCCACUCAAUUCUUCUUUUUUGGAGCUUUUGCCAUUGCAGAAAGUAACCUCUUGGUUGUAAUGGCUUAUGAUCGCUACGCAGCUGUGUGUAAACCGCUCUAUUACACUACCACAAUGACAACAAAUGUGUGUGCUGCUCUGAGCUUAGGCUCUUAUGUCAUUGCUUUCUUGGAUGUUUCCAUCCACACUGGAAACAUUUUCAGGCUCUCCUUUUGUAGGUCCAAUGUGAUUGACCACUUUUUCUGUGAUGCUCCUUCGCUUUUGCCCCUCUCAUGCUCUGACAGAUACAUCACGGAGCUAGUUAUUUAUUUUGUAGUAGCCUUCAAUACACUCUUUUCUCUCAUGGUAAUAUUGACUUCUUAUAUAUUAGUGUUUGCUAUGAUCCUGAGGAUGCGCUCAUCUGAGGGACGCCAGAAGGCCUUUUCCACCUGUGCUUCCCACCUCACUGCAGUCUCCAUCCUCUAUGGGAUAAUCACCUUCAUGUACCUACAGCCCAGCUCCAGUCACUCCAUGGACACAGACAAAAUAGCAUCUGUGUUCUAUGCCAUCGUCAUCCCGAUAUGUAAUCUUCGUCAGUCUUCCUUACUUCAUGCCCAACUUACACAUGCCUAUAAGGCUAUUGAAAAUAUGACCAUAGGGGUUAGGCUCACCUUAGCCUUCAAAAAUGUAGAAAAGGACCACAAACGCUCAAACUUGUUUUAUGAAACAACCAGACCCUUGAUAUGA